CUCUUUCACUCAUCGUUGCCUUAUCUCAAGUCUUUUGCAGUCUUAUAACAGUCGGGUCACGACCGUCGUAUGUAAAUUAGUCCGCAACCUGCCCGCGUCCCGGCCUUCGGGACCUGCAGCGCGCCAAUCUUAUUAUGCGCCCAAACCAGGGCGCAUGCGCAUCUCUAUCGUUUCCGUUGCUGCAGUUUUCGAUAUGGCUACGGCAGCGGUGACUGCAACCGGCCUUUUCCAGAUUAUAAUAUGCUUCUUUUUAAUAUCAAAAGCUUCAAACUAUCGUUAUCCUAAAAAUGAUGUUCAGUUAGGAGUUAUUGUUGAUGCUAACAAGGAAUCUGCAAAUAUUCUCAAAGCUAUGCGUUUUGUUAUGAACGCAAAAAAAGAUCUGUCAAUUGGUCAUUCAGAUAUAAAAUUCAAUGCAAACACUCAAACCCCCAUGAUAAACAACAGCUUCGAUUUGAUGGCCGCUAUGUGCAAGCAUAUGUCUGAAAAAGUUUAUACAAUUUUUGGAAUGAGUACACCAUGUUCAAUGGACACGCUACGCUCAUUUUCUCGCCAAUUUCAAAUGCCAUAUGUUUCUAUUGGUACUCCUUUAAAGUCAAAUCAUCCAAAUUCAAAUAUGGAACCCCCUUUCGAAUUAUUCAUCCGACCCCGAUACUCAGAAGCAAUUGUUGAACUAAUAAGACAUUAUGGUUGGAAAAACGUCUAUUACAUUCACGAUACGAGAGUAGACGGAAUUUUGCGGGCUGAACAGUUGAUUGAGAGUCUUUCCGAGGAAAUGGUAACGGUUCAUUUCGAUAUGAUCUACGCUAGAGACGGAAGUGACGCUCACGAUCAGAUAUCGACAAUAGAUACAACUAAAUCGGAAGACCAAAGAGUCAUUAUGCUUGAUAUGAGUAAAGAUAACGCCAACGAACUAUUCAAUAAUUUAUAUACAGAUGCGAAAAGAUUAAAGUUUCACUUUCUAGUUGUUGAAUUAGGAAUAGUUGAGUUGAACUUUACGGAAAAAGCUGCUGGAGGUCUGAAAGUAACUGGUUUCCAAAUGCUCGGUGCUCCAUCUGUAGUUUCUCUUUACGGAGAUGGAAAAUUCACAUCCUCUAAUGAUAUUAAUACAACAAUUAACAAAUACCUAAGAUUUAUCGACGAAGAAGUUGCUGACUUUAAAAACUAUCAUCAGUACUUUACACACGACGUCGCUUUAACAAUAGACGCCUUAAUGGUAAUGAAAAAAGCUUGGAAGGCUCUAUUAAGUAGAAAAGCUGAUAUUGACGAUUAUAAAGAUAGUCAAAAUAUUCAAUGCGAUAAGAGCAAUAGAAAAUGGAAAAAGGGUCCGGAAGUAAUGAAUGCAUUAAAAAGGGUUAGAAUAAAAAAUGGCCUUACAGGAAAUAUUGCUUUUGACGACAAUGGUUAUAGGAAAGAUUUCGUUCUUUUACUAUUCGAAGUUGCCUUUAGUAAGGGCCUUACUCAAUUUGGUUACUGGACACCUAAAGUAAAGACAAAAAAUGGCAAGACAAGAGGUGGUUUAGGCAUAAGGCAACCGGAUGAAAAAGAGAGAAAUUUAUAUCAAUCGGCAAUUAAGGAUACAAGAAUUCGUUCAAAUAAGAAGAUAAGAAAAGUUACAUCAAUAUUGACCGCUCCAUACCUGAUGGAAAAUAAAAGUACAAACGCAACAGGAAAUGAUCGUUUUGAAGGUUAUUGCAAAGAUUUAGCAGAUAAAGUGUCUGAAAUUCUUAAAUUUGAGUAUGAAAUUGUACCUGUUCCGGAUGGUCAAUACGGUAAACUACUAGACAAUGGAACUUGGACAGGAAUGAUGGGGGAACUCGUUAGUAACAGAGCAGAUUUGGCUAUUGCACCUUUAACAAUAACUGCAGUUAGAGAAGAGGUCGUUGAUUUUUCCAAGCCAUUUCAGUCUCUUGGAAUAUCAAUCAUGAUUAAGAAACCUUCAAACGAGAAACCUGGAGUGUUUUCUUUUAUGUACCCUCUAUCUUCGGAGAUAUGGAUGUGUGUUAUAUUCGCUUAUAUUGGAGUAUCUGUCGUUCUGUUCCUAGUCUCAAGAUUUAGCCCUUUCGAAUGGAAAGUGGAAGAUUCUAAUGAAGGACCAACAGUCACAAACAACUUUACAAUAUUUAAUUCUCUAUGGUUCUCUCUAGGGGCCUUUAUGCAGCAAGGAUGCGACAUUGAACCUAGAUCAAUAUCUGGUAGAAUUGUUGGAUCUGUUUGGUGGUUUUUCACCCUCAUUAUAAUCUCUAGCUAUACGGCUAAUUUAGCUGCAUUUCUCACGGUUCAGAGAAUGAAAGCACCAAUAGAGAGCGCAGAUGAUUUGGCUAAGCAAACUGAGAUAAAAUAUGGUACAAUCGAUUCUGGAACCACUAAGGAAUUUUUUAGGACGAGCACCAUACCCACUUAUGAGAGAAUGUGGUCAUUUAUGUCCUCCCAAAAGCCUUCUGUUUUUGUUAAAGGCAAUGAGGAAGGUAUCAGAAGAGUAAGAAACGAGAAUGGCAGAUACGCUUUCCUUAUUGAAUCGACUAUUAACGAUUAUAUCAACCAGAGGGAGCCUUGCGAUACAAUGAAGGUUGGGGAAAGUUUAGAUUCUAAGGGGUACGGAAUAGCAACUCCUCUGGGAUCCGACAUGAGAGAUCAAAUAACGCUGGCUGUUUUACAAUUAAGGGAAAAUAAUGAGCUUCCUGCUUUACAAAAGAGGUGGUGGUAUGAAAAGGGCGACAAUUGCGAUAAGGAAUCGUCUAAGACCAAGCAGGACACAACAAACGCUCUUAAAUUACUCAACGUAGCCGGCAUAUUCUAUAUAUUGAUAGGAGGACUAAUCUUAGCUAUUACUAUGGCUGUUUUGGAAUUCUUCUACAGAGCGAAGGUUGAAUCGAAAAAACGAAAGAUUUCGUUCAGUGAUGCUAUCCGACUGAAAGUUCGUAUGUCAAUGAAGGGUGGAAGUGAAAUAGAAGCUCAUACAGUUCAGGAAGUUCCGUCUUCUUCAACGAAGUACAGAACAUAUUCGUUUGAAUGAAAAGUAAAAAUCCCUGCAUUUGUACAUAUAGAAGUAGCAUUCAAGACAGUAAUUCAUCAACUAAACAUAACUAAAACAUAACGUCAAUAUCUCUCUCUCUCUCUCUCUCUCUGUCUGUCUGUCUCUUAUUUCAUUUCUUUGUUUAAAAGAGAAAAAACAAGCACUUUACUCUUUUAUACUCCGUCUUGUAGAGACUGUAUACAAAAAAAAAUCCAUAAAAACUUGUAAUAUUCAAUUAAUAUUGAUUGAUUAUUAACGAAUUAAUAUUCAAAAAAAUAGUGAAUAGUCUAUUAUUAACUAUAUUAACUUACAGUGAACACUUAUAUUAAUGUAAUCAUUACAAGAUAAUGCACUUUAUGUUUAUGUUAUCUUUUGCUAUAUUAUUUUUCUUUUUCUGCUGAAAUCUUUAAGAGAGCAAAGCAUUCUUAAAUCGUAUUGAAGCUGUUUAAAUUCAAUCUUUACCCCAGUUUUUUUAAUAUCUUUUUACUCGUAUAAAAAGUGCAUCGUACAGUAUACACAGUAUAUAUAUAAAUACAAAUGUAUUAAUAAUAAAGCAGAGAAAAUAUUGUCUUUCUUAGAAAUCAUCUUUUAAUAUACAGUUUAUUCAUAUUCUA